AUGACCACCACACCACCAAAAGAGACCACCACAGCGGCACCAAACGAGGAGCAGUUUUUCAACAAACUGGGGGAGAUACCAGUUUUAAAUGAUAGCUGGAACACUGCACUCAACUAUUAUGCCAAAGUCAAGGACUACAACUCUCUGACAAAAUUGGCCCUGGAUGCCACAGAGUCUGGGGUGAAAAAGGCUGCAGAGUUGUCUUCUCCUGUGAUCAGUCAUUUUCAGCCACAGAUUGAGACUGUCAACAACUAUGCCUGCAAUAAAUUGGAUGCUAUCGAAAACAAGUAUCCACUGGUCAAGCAACCAUCGAAGGAGGUGAAAGAUGCCUGUAUGGAGUAUGUGCAGCCUGUGGUUGAACGGGUCAAGCCAGUGGUCACAUAUGUACAAGGUGUUGUGGAUACCAGUGUCAAACAGGUGGAACGUGUGAAGACAGGUGGCAAGAAUUUGGUGACAGGUGCUCGUGAUCUGGGAGUGAACACUGUCAGUCAGGCUGUGAAUAUGACCCUAGAUUCGCCUCCGGGCCGUCUGGUGACACGAACUGUUGAUGGUGUUCUCACAUGUGCUGAAGGACUGGUGGACCGCUAUAUCCCAGAGGAACCAAAGAAAUGUGAGGAUGACGAUUCUGAUGAUUCUGCAAAGGACGAAAGUGUUGAGAAAAUGGAAGAAAUGGAGCCCAGCCCACAGAGAGUGGCUGUCCACUUUCAGACCGUCAGCAAGAAGUUGAGGGAAAGAAUGUUCAAACGUGCAAUGAGAAACUACCAGAAUGCUAAAGUGAGGACACUGGACACUGUGGGAAAGUUGAACAAUGCUGUUGACUUGAUUGAUUAUGCGAAGAAAAAUUUGGACGCUGCACGAGGUAAAGUUGAGGAAUUGUGGACACAGAUAACUGACACAAUUGAACAGCCACGGGAAGGUGAAGAAAACUCUGCUGCAUGGAAUGUAGAGGAGCGGAUUGUUUUGAUUGGUCGCACACUGACAAAGCAACUGAGGUCUGGUGUUUCAGCUCUAGAGAAGGUCUCCAGUGAAGCUGGCCAGUUUGUUCGUCACCCAGUCACCAAAUCAAAGGAGUUCAAAGAUCUGGCUUACCAGCUCAGCACAGACUUCAGAAACAUGAGUGUUGACAAGGCCAGGUCAAGCCUUCAAGCUGUCCAGACAAAAUUGAAAGCAAUCAUUGACAGAUUGGAGUCACCCGAGUGGCUGGCUGUGGACAUUGACAUGGAGGACAUUAACUUGGAGGAAGACUCAAACUCAAAUUCUGCUGACGCUUCUAAUGAGGAGGAGGAGGAGGAGGAGGCAGAAGUUGAAGAGGAAGUCCGAAACUCCUGCAACUGA